AUGAAGAGGAAAGGUCCAAGGCCCGCUUAUGGGCGGGUUCGCAAUGUCGAGGAUGUGUAUGACUCAGAUCCGGAGACUGCUGUACUUCGAGCUCAUCGCGACGAAUGUGAGAGGUGUCAUCGAGCUCCCGCUCAUCUUCUAUUGAAGAAGUCUGAAAAGAAAACGAAGAGAAAGAAGAAGCAAGAUGAUGAUGACCUGUCACAGGAUGACCAAGAAUUCUUCAAAAAGCUCGGAGGUUGGGUUAGAUGCCUUAAAUGUUGUGUGGCAAUGCAUUGGUAUUGCCUGACACAAGUACAGAGAGCAGAAAUCGUAAAAGCUGUUCGAAUGAAAGCGGAAGCAGAAGGAGAGAAAGCCAAGGAUAACCUUAGACAUAUGAAGAAUCUCGACAAGGACGCGGCCACGGAGUUCCUUUGUGGAUCUUGUUCAAAAGGAGGAAUUUGCAUGGUGUGCCAAGAGGUCGUGGUCGAACCUGAACGGAAGGUCAAGGAGGAGAGCUCGGGCAAUAUACUGGGAAAAAACGAAGGCGUCAAUGCCAACGAUCGAUCACAGAGGAUAUCUAUGCCUGGAAGUAACAACGUCUCGAUCGCACGACUAGAAUCACCGCAUGAACUUCUAUUUCGGUGUUGCACUUGCAAACGUCUUGCACAUUAUUCUCAUCUGCCGGUCGACGAUGAUGACCUUACGCCAGAUGAAGUGGCAAAGUUCUAUCAAAAAGAAAAUAAAUGGCAAUGUUACGAUUGUGCUUCAUACGUUUUCUCCUUGGAUAAAAUCAUUGCCUGGCGACCUUUUCCUGCGAAUGCUGUUGAUCCCUAUAUGACUUCUCCAGAAUCAGCAAAAUACAGAGAGGCAUUGCCACGCGAGUAUUUGGUAAAAUGGAUCAACCGGAGUUACAGGCGUGUCCAGUGGGUUCCGCAUAUGUGGCUAGUUGCAAGAAGCUGGGCAAAGCUCAAACAUUUCUAUGAGAGCGGACCUAAGAUUACUCUCCUCAACACUGCCGUCGAUUGUAAUUCUGCUUCGACCCGAGACCAUGAUGCUGGACCAGGACUCUUUAAUACUGAAGAUGAGCCAUCUCGGGCUACCUCUGUCGAGGCAGGGGAAAGCGAAUUUGGAUCUCCUCCUCCUCCUCUACCGGAUGCUCCCUCGAGAAUCCCUUUGCCAUGGAAGACGGUUGAUCGCGUCUUGGAUGUAUUGCUAUGGGCUCCUCGGAAAGCAAGACGGUCACAGAAGAAGCAGCGGCUCAAGGAUGUGGAUGAAGAAGAUAGCACUGCUGAAGCCUCUGAUGAAGCUCGACGUGAAUUUGAUGCCGCGCUUGAUUUGGGUGAGCAGCCGAGUGCUGAAGUAACGGAAACUGUGGAGGAAUUCGAGAAGCGUACUGGUCAGGAACUAGGCGAAGAGCAUAUUGGUAGAGUUAUAUGGGCAUUCAUAAAAUGGGACGAUCUUCCUUACGACGAAUCGACCUGGGAUUCACCCCCUAGACCUGGGACUUUCGGUCAUACUGAUUAUGAAAACGCAUUCAGAACCUUUGUGCGGUCUCGAGCUGUAUUUGUGAGGAAAAAGUCGACUGCCGAAAUCAAGACGUUUGAGAAUCGGAAGAACUGGAGUCCGGUUAAACUCGGCAUUGCUGAGGAUGGCAAUUACGACAUAGGGCAGGAAAACACAUUCAACCUGAUGCCGUUCCAGGUGGAUGGUGUGAAUUGGCUAUGCAGGAAUUGGUUUAACCAGCAGCAGUGCAUUCUUGCAGACGAAAUGGGUUUGGGAAAGACUGUUCAAAUAAUCACUUUCUUGGGCCUGCUUCAUGAGAAGACCAGGGUGUACCCUUAUCUGGUAGUCGUGCCUAAUUCCACGAUUACGAACUGGGUACGAGAGUUUGCCCGUUGGGCACCUAGUCUUCGUGUUGUCCCUUUCUACGGCGAGCAGAAAUCCCGUGAUAUUAUCAAGAAAUAUGAGCUUCAACACCCCGUAGUUGCUCCUGGUACUACUGGUGCGAAGUACCAUGUCCUGAUUGCGACCUAUGAAGCGGUGACCAACCCUAAGGAUUUCACUGCUGUGUUCAAGAACAAUCCACGAUGGGAAGUGCUUAUUGUGGAUGAGGGACAGAGACUCAAAAGUGAUGCGUCCUUGAUCUUCAGAAAACUAAAGGAGUUAAAAACUGCCCACCGAAUCAUUAUGACUGGGACUCCUCUUAAUAAUAAUAUCCGGGAAUUAUUCAACCUUAUGAAUUUCCUGGACCCAGAAGAAUGGACCGACCUUGAGGCACUGACAAGAGAAUAUGAAGAGCUUGAUGAAGAACGAGUGAAGGACCUUCACGAACGAUUGCGGCCCUACUUCUUACGUCGUGUCAAGGCGGAAGUACUUGAUUUGCCGGCCAAGAACGAAAUCAUUGUACCUGUAUCGAUGUCGCAACUCCAGAAGGAAGUCUACAAAUCCGUUCUCAGCAAAAAUUUGGAUAUUCUGCGUAGUCUAAGAGGAGCUUCCUCCACUAGACUAAACAAAUCAGCGGCCAAGACCUCCAAUUUACGGAAUAUGCUUAUGCAGCUUCGAAAGUGCCUUCAGCAUCCUUAUCUCGUUGCAGAUGGCAUUGAACAGAGAGAUCUUCCACCAGAGAAGAUUCACUCUAAGCUCAUAGAUGGUAGUGGAAAAUUACGGUUACUGAAAACGCUGCUUCCUAAACUCAAGGCUCGAGGGCACCGCGUGUUAUUAUUCAGCCAGUUCAAAAUUGCAUUGGAUAUAAUUGAGGACUUCCUAGAAGGCGAACAGUACAAAUUCAAGCGACUGGACGGGGACACUAAGCAAGCACAGCGACAGAAGGAUAUGGAUGAAUUUAAUAAAGAGGAUUCUGAUAUUUUUAUCUAUAUUCUGACGACCCGUGCAGGAGGCGUCGGAAUCAACCUAUGGAGUGCAGACACUGUCAUCAUCUUUGAUCCAGAUUUCAAUCCGCAUCAGGACUUGCAAGCCAUAGCCAGGGCACACCGUUAUGGACAAAAGAAGACCUGCUUGGUAUUCAAGUUUAUGACAAAAAACUCUGCGGAAGAGAAAAUUAUACAACUGGGGAAGAAGAAGCUUGUCCUGGAUCAUCUCAUCGUGCAGAAAAUGGAUGAUGAAGAGGACUCUAAUGAGGUUCAGUCAAUCCUGACUUUCGGUGCACAGGCUCUCUUUGAGGAGGAUGGCUCUGAAAGCUAUCGGGAUAUUACUUACUCUGACAAUGACCUCGAUGCUCUUAUCGAGAAAAUUGAGUCUGAAGAAGAGGCGCAUGGUGAAGCAGAGGAGACGUCAAACAACGCAUUCUCCUUUGCAAAGAUCUGGUCUGCACAUAAAGAUGGCCUCGAAGAAGUACCAGCUGAGGCUGAGGAAGACAACGGUGAUUCUUGGGCCCAGACCCUUCAAAAGAUAGCCGGCGAGCAAAGUCGGGUUGAGGCUCAAGAAGCCUCGGGAAGGGGAGUCAGACGAAAAGCUACAAUGGUCAAGACAAAGUAUUUUGAAGACUUGGGAGCUGAAUCGCCGAAGAAGAGAAAGCGUCAUAAAUCCGCUGAUGAUGAUGACUACAAUCUACCUCAUAGCCGAGGCCAAAGCGAAUCACCCACGGAAAACAGUUCAAUAGAGCUCGAUGCCAAAACAAACGCAAAUGCAAACGGCGGACAGCCUGAAGCCCAUCAGCCACCUUUACCAGCAAACCUGCCCAGCGGCUACGAACAACCAGAACCAGCACGUCAUACCGACCUUGCGUGUUGCGGGCUAUGCAAGACGAUACACGGCCCUGGAGGAUGCUAUAUGGUUGGAAACCCAAUUAAUCUUCUCAACUAUCGAAGGCAAUUGAUUUACUCUGACGAGGAGCCUUAUAAAGAUCGAGUUAAGGCAGUGCGUGCAAUUGACGAAGAGUUAUCUAAAAAGGGCAAUGCAUAUCUCAUCGUUGGGGAACCAACCAAGCCGGUGAAGAACGCAAGCCACUCAGCUAGCCUUCCCCGUAGCAGGGACCCUAUAGAACCAAUUCCUUCUUUGCCUAUUAUACCGCCUCCAGUACCUCCAAUGGUUCCAAUGCCUCCAAUGCCUCCAAUGCCUCCAAUGCCUCCAAUGCCUCCAAUGCCUCCCUCAUUGCCAGUCCAAUCGCAUUAUGGCUGGCCAGACCGACCUUUGAACCAUUACCAAGUGGAUACGAGACAACCAGUCGGAUUGCGGGAGGCGAUGGUCGGAAGUAGCGAGGAACGGCGCCGUGACAUCCCGAGCACAACUUCGGCAGACCCUGUUUUGUCUCUCAAGCGAAGUACACCACCUGCCCAGGACAAUCCGACCAAGAAGAAACCGAAGUUACGAAUCUGCGAGAUAUGCAACAAGGCACCAUACCACCUUCCCGUGCAUUGUCCAGUUGUUGCGAAGGGUCCAGAAAGUAUACUGAAUGCUAUUUCUCGCCUGACGAACGGGCACGGCAAUCCAGCUACUCUGACAGCGUUACGUAGCAUUUUGCGCAAGCAAAAGGAAGCGAUUGCUUCAGCUAGCCAACACGUUGCGAUGCAGCCCGUGUCGAAUCCAUCAACUUCCCGCUAGUUCACAAGUGUUCAUUCUAUCCGACCAUAAUAAAGUCUUUACAUGAAUCACAAGCCCUUUCUACACAUUUGCGUAUAGUUUUUAUUCCAUUCGACUUCUUCAGCGGUUGACACAUCCUGGCUAAUCAGCAUCUGGCAUCGUCAUUACCGUAUCUGCAUACUUGCAUUUUAGAUUAUUUCUCGAUUACCAUAUAAUUUUAGAAGUG